ACUCCAUUUCCAAAGCAGCAGCUUUACUGGGCAUCGGCACUAAAAACGUUUACGUGGUUCCAUCUGAUAAAAGAGGGAAGAUGAUCCCCUCGGCUCUGGAGGAGUUAAUAAAGGCUGCUAAAAGUGAGGGUGCACUUCCCUUCAUGGUAAACGCCACGGCAGGGACCACAGUGCUCGGAGCGUUUGACCCCAUCGAGGAAAUCGCAGACAUCUGUGAGAAGCACGACCUGUGGCUGCAUGUGGAUGCAUGUUGGGGAGGAGCAGCUCUGAUGUCUAAGAAACACAAACACCUGUUAAAGGGCAUCCACAGGGCUAACUCUGUGGCCUGGAACCCUCACAAGAUGCUGAUGGCAUGUCUGCAGUGCUCUGCUCUCCUGGUCAGAGACAAAACGAGUAUCCUCCAGCGCUGCCACUCUGCUCGGGCCUCCUACCUCUUUCAGCAGGAUAAGUUCUUUGAUGUCAGUAAUGACACAGGGGACAAAUCCAUCCAGUGCAGCAGGAAGCCAGAUGCCUUCAAGUUCUGGCUGAUGUGGAAGGCUUUGGGAGCCAGUGAGCUGGAGCAGAGGGUGGACAGAGCUCUCUCUAUGGCCAGGUUACUUGCACAAGAGAUCAAGAAAAGAGAAGGAUUCCCUCUGUUGAUGGCACCUGAGUAUGCGAAUGUUUGUCUCUGGUACAUUCCAUCAAGUCUGAGGAAGCUUCCAGACAGCCCUGAGCUCUGGAAAAACUUACCACACUCUCUCUGACAGACAAAACUGCUCAGUCAUCUCACCUUAAUGUGAAACUACAAGAGGACUACACUGUACUGAACUGUGCCUGACUGGUCUGCUGCAGACCCAGAAUGAGGAUUUCACUCAUCCAUGUGGCUUAAGAGCUAACACAUUCUGU